AUGGCAUCCCUCCUCUUCCUGACAGCCCUGUCACUCCUAAGCCACUCGUCCAUAGCGGCGCCGGCCCCAGUUUCCAGCGGAACCCCAAACACCACAACCCGUUCCUGCGUCGACCUAGCCCUCUCCCUCCCCAUCAAAGCAAACAACUCCAUCUACGACAUCCCCCGCGUCGACAACAACAUCGACGCCGUCGACUUCGUCUGGGACCUGGACCACUGGUCCGCCCCCAACGCCACCGAGCGCAUCAGGGGCCCAAAGCCCGUGGACCAAACCUUCACGAUCAGCGCCCAGCUCUGCGUCCCGCAGGCUCCGAACGCAGAGAAAGCGGAUAUCCUGCAGAUUGCGACGCAUGGGUUUGGGUUUGAUAAGAGGUACUGGGACGCCGGCCUCCAACCGGAAAAAUACUCCUACGUCGACGCUGCCCUAGCAGCAGGCUACUCAAUCCUCACCUAUGACCGGCUGGGCGUCGGAUCGUCCGACAAGCCCGACGCGUACGAAAUCGUGCAGGUCCCCGUGCAAGUCGAGAUCCUCGCUGCGAUCGCGGGUCUCGCGCGCCGUGGGACCCUCGCUACCCAGGCAAAGGCCAAGGCAUCAUUCACCGUCCCGACGUUCACCAAGACCGUGCUCGUCGGCCACUCGUUUGGCUCGGGGCUUACGAUCUCCAUGCUGGCGCACUACCCGCAUCUCGUCGACGGCGCCGUGGCCACGGGGUUAAUCCCCAACACGCAGGUCGGGGCCGCAGGGCAGCGCGCCUUCGGGCUCGAGUAUGCGGCGGCGAGUAACCCGUCUCGGUUCCACGACCGCGGCAGCGGGUACCUUGUUCAGGGGACGGUCAGCGCGCUGCAGCAGGUGUUCUUUAAGAAGGGGUUCUUUGAGCCGCGGGUUCUGGAGUACGCGGAUAGCAUCAAGGAGACUGGGACGGCGGGGGAGUUUGUGAGUUUUGGGUCGGCGCUUGAGAGGCCGGCGGGGGGGUACCGGGGCCCGAUAUUGUUCGCGCUUGCGGAGUAUGAUUUUGGGACGUGCUUGGGGGAUUGUAAGGGGACGUAUGAUGUUUCCGAGAUCAGGAGGGGGUUGUUCCCGGGUGCUGCUGAUGUGGGCGUGCAUGUUCAGCCCGGGAGUGGGCAUACGCUUACACUGCAUGGCAAUGCGACGGGACAUUAUGAGGCGGUGUUUGCGUAUUUGCGGGAGUGGGGGUUGUAG